UUGUCGCAAUGUCGGAAGAAAUAUCAUUUGCAAUUGAAUUUUCUGGUGAUGAUGAGGAUUUUGAUGGUACAUACACGUCUUCGAAAGAAUCAAAAAAAAGGAAGGUGUUCAAUGGAGAUGGUGAACAAUUUGUGAAAAGACGUAUGGAAAGCACUUUCGGCAAUAUAAUUUUCACCUCGAAUUUUUAUAUUGAAGUUAAGAAGAUUUCAGAAAAUAAAAAAGAUAAAAUAAUCGGAAAGUGCGUUGCUUGCAAUAAGGUGAUUCGCGGUUUUACGGGAGUCUCUUCAAAUUUUAUCAGCCAUCUCAGAGUGCGGCAUCCUAAAAUUCAUAAGGAAUAUCUUACGAAGAAAUCUAAAAAUGAAGACUUGAGUAUUCAAUCAAAUUUCGAUAAGAAACUUAUUGAAUUUCUAGUGGAUUCAGGCUUGCCGCUUUCCCUGGUUGAAAGGCAGUCAUUUAUCAACUUAAUUGAGGGUAUUGGCCUUAAGUUAAUGAGUAGACAGACGGCAAUGAAAAAAUUAGGAGAGCUUCACAAACGCAUGGAAGAAAGUGUGAAAGCCGAACUAGCCACAGCGAAACAUGUCUGCACAACGGCGACACCUGUCAUUGGCUUGAUAAAGAUUUUAAGAGGAAAUCAGCUGCUUUGGCGUGCAAAAGGAUGUUUGGAGUUCACUCUGCGGAAGUAA